CUGACGGUCCCCAGUGGCCUGGCGCGCCCCCGCGCCUCCUGGGGGACCGUAGCCAAGCAACGCCCGGCGCGCCCGCCCAUCCCCCGCUGCCCUUUUUUUCCUGGCCGGGUGCGAGGGAGCAUGCCCGCGCCUGGCCUCAGCCAGCUAAGAGUUAACCCGAGGGGCGUGGAGCUGCCCCCCCCUCGGGGGCGUGCCCCCCUCCCCCGCUAGGCGGCCCGCCCCCCGCGCUAGGGUAUGGCCCCCGGCCCUGGCCCGGGACCCGAGGUCCCGCGCACGGGCCAGUGAAAGGCGUUUUCCCGUUCCCGCCCUCCUUCCCUCGCCGGCCAGCACCAUGGGAUGUAAUAUGUGCGUGGUCCAGAAACCGGAGGAGCAGUACAAAGUGAUGCUUCAGGUGAACGGGAAGGAGCUCUCCAAGCUGUCUCAGGAGCAGACCCUGGAGGCCCUGCGUGCCUCCAAGGAGCCCCUGGUGAUCCAGGUGCUGAGACGCAGUCCCCGCCUCCGGGGGGAUGGCUCCUCCCACGACCUGCAGCUGGUGGACAGUGGCACUCAGACCGACAUCACCUUCGAGCAUAUCAUGGCGCUGGGCAAGCUGCGCCCACCCACCCCGCCCAUGGUCAUCCUGGAGCCGUACGUCCCAUCUGAGCUCCCCCCCAUCAGCCAUGAGUAUUAUGACCCGGCGGAGUUCAUGGAGGGCGGCCCACAGGAGGCAGACCGUAUGGAUGAGCUGGAGUAUGAGGAGGUGGAGCUGUAUAAAACCAGCCACCGGGACAAGCUGGGCCUGAUGGUCUGUUACCGCACGGAUGACGAGGAGGACCUGGGCAUCUAUGUUGGAGAGGUGAAUCCCAACAGCAUCGCAGCCAAAGACGGCCGCAUCCGCGAGGGAGACCGCAUCAUCCAGAUAAAUGGUGUGGACGUCCAGAACCGGGAAGAGGCAGUGGCCAUCCUGAGCCAGGAGGAGAAUACCAACAUCUCCCUGCUGGUGGCCCGGCCUGAGAGCCAGCUGGCGAAGCGGUGGAAGGACAGUGACCGGGACGACUUCCUGGACGAUUGUGGCUCUGAGAACGAGGGGGACCUGCGGGCGCGGAAGCUGAAAUCCCCCCCUGCCCAGCAGCUCCAGCUUGGAAACGAAGAGGAGAAAGGGGCCCCUGAUGCGGGCCCAGGCUUGAGCAACAGCCAGGAGCUGGACAGUGGGGUGGGCCGGACGGAUGAGAGCACGCGCAACGAGGAGAGCUCCGAGCACGACCUGCUGGGGGACGAGCCCCUGAGUACCGCCAACACGCCCGGGCCCCUGCGCAAGUUUGGCCUGCAAGGGGACGCCCUGCAGAGCCGCGACUUCCACUUUAGCAUGGACUCCCUGCUGGCCGAGGGCGCGGGGCUGGGUGGCGGCGACGUGCCGGGCCUCACGGAUGAGGAGUACGAGCGCUACCGCGAGCUGCUGGAGAUCAAGUGCCACCUGGAGAAUGGCAACCCCCUGGGCCUCCUCUUUCCCCGGGCCGCCGGCGGCAACGGCGCCCUGGAUGUCAACCGCAACGAGAGCGUGGGCCACGAGAUGGCCGUGCUGGAGGAGGAGCUGCGGCACCUGGAGUUCAAGUGCCGCAACAUCCUGCGGGCGCAGAAGAUGCAACAGCUGCGCGAGCGCUGCAUGAAGGCCUGGCUGCUGGAGGAGGAGAGCCUCUACGACCUGGGGGCCGGCGAGCCCAAGAAGCACGAGCUGUCUGACAUCUCCGAGCUGCCUGAGAAGUCGGACAAGGACAGCACCAGCGCCUACAACACGGGUGAGAGCUGCCGCAGCACCCCGCUGCUGGCGGAGCCCCUGCCCGAGAGCCCCCUGAGGCGGGCGACCGCCGGGGGCAACUCCAACCUGAACCGGACCCCCUCCGGACACCCUGUCGCCGCCCACCCCAAGGCUGCCCCUCCGCAGGGGAGUCCCGCCAAGUUCCGAUCCCUCUCCCGGGAUCCCGAGGUGGGCCGGAGACAGCGCUCGGAGGAACGGGUCCGCCGCGGCCCCAAGACGGGGGUGACCCUGGAGCGCGUGGGCCCCGAAGGCAGCCCUUACCUGUCGCGGCGCCACCGCGGCCAGGGCCAGGAGGGCGAGCGCUACCACAGCUGCGUGCAGCUGGCCCCGCCGCGCGGUCUGGAAGAGCUGGGCCACGGCGCCUUGAGUUUGGCCAGUGGCCCUCGGGUGGGUGGGGCGGCGGCGGCGGCGGCCACCGAAGCGCCCCGCAUGGAGUGGAAGGUCAAGGUGCGCAGCGACGGGACCCGCUACGUGGCCAAGCGGCCGGUGCGGGACCGCCUCCUGAAAGCCCGGGCCCUGAAGAUCCGGGAGGAGCGCAGCGGCAUGACCACCGACGACGACGCGGUGAGCGAGAUGAAGAUGGGCCGCUACUGGAGCAAGGAGGAGCGGAAGCAGCACCUGCUGCGGGCCCGGGAGCAGCGGAGGCGGCGCGAGUUCAUGCUGCAGAGCCGCCUCGAGUGCCUGAGGGAGCAGAGCGGCGACAGCAGGGCUGAGCUCAACAUCAUCGCGCUGAGCCACCGCAAAACCAUGAAGAAGCGGAGCAAGAAGAUCCUGGACAACUGGAUCACCAUCCAGGAGAUGCUGGCCCACGGCACGCGCUCGGCCGACGGGAAGCGCGUCUACAACCCUCUGCUCUCCGUCACCACCGUCUGAGCCCGGCUGUGCUCCAGGGCACGGGUCCUCCGCCCUGGCCCAGGGCCACUGAGCCUGCCGGGACCCCGUCUUCUGCUCUCCCGUAGAAUCUAGCGUGUGUCUGCGUGUGCGCGUGGGACUCUGUUACCAGACAGAAGCCCCUGAAGGAGGAGGGACGCUUCUCUCCAUCGGUGACUUCCUUCUCCCCAAGUACAGCGACCACAUCAACAGCUGGCCUGGGGGCAGAGCCGUAUCGGUCCCCCCUUCAGCCGUAGGGGUGUGUGUGUGUGUGAGACACGAGCCCAGACACAUGUACGCACGCAGACACACGCACUUCCCUGCAGAGCGCUCUCAGCGCGGGCACUUGGGGACAGGGAAGUCAGCUGAAAAGAAGACUGUCCUAAGCACAAGAGAAUGUCCGUUACUUGUAGACAAAGGCAACCCUGAUUUUUGUGGUUCUUUUCCUUUUCUGUGCUUGCCAAUUGUUGUUUUCUUGGUUUGUUUGUUUUGUGGACCUGCUCUGAGGGCUGGCAGCUCCUUCAGGCAGCCUGAC